ACACUCCCACAAAUAUUAAAACCCUUAUACACACACCAGUAUUAUCUUCAAAAGUGAUAAGCAAAACAACCACUGAAAGGCUUCGCUAUUCUCAAUAUUCUCCGAAAAUGCCAGGACCUGUAGUUGAAGAGGAAGAACAGGUGAUCUCCGUUAAGGAACAGCAAAAGUUACAAGAGGAUGAACCCGUUGUUGAUGUGAAGGAAGAUGAGGAUGAAGAAGAUGAUGAUGAUGACGACGACGAGGACGAUGAGAAGGAAGAAGGUGUAGGAACUACUGACAGCUCAAAACAGAGUAGAAGUGAGAAGAAGAGCCGUAAGGCAAUGUUGAAGCUGGGAAUGAAACCUGUUACAGGCGUUAGCAGGGUUACUAUCAAGCGUACAAAGAACAUACUCUUUGUUAUCUCGAGACCUGAUGUAUUCAAGAGUCCAAAUUCUGAGACCUAUGUCAUAUUUGGAGAGGCAAAGAUUGAGGAUUUGAGCUCUCAGCUGCAAACUCAAGCUGCCCAACAGUUCAAGCUGCCCGACGGUGGUUCUGUCAUGUCGAAGCCUGAUGUAUCCGGUGCAGGUGCUUCACUUGCUGAUGAGGAAGAGGAAGAAGUUGAUGAUACUGGGGUGGAGGCUCGUGACAUUGAUUUGGUGAUGACCCAAGCUGGUGUUUCCAAGGGAAAAGCUGUGAAGGCUCUCAAGACCCACAAUGGGGAUAUUGUGAGUGCUAUUAUGGAGCUCACCACCUAGGUUGGUCACAUUGCUCAAUCUUGUACUGUUGAUGAGUGUUUCUUUUUUCCCUUUAGGCCAUGGUACAACUUUUGUUAGCAUUCUUAGUUUUGCUGUCAUCAUUUUAAGGAUGGGUUUGGUUAUUGCUUUUUGAGAUUUGGAACAGAUUUGGCACCUUGAAGGUGCGUGUACAUCACCAGAUUAAGUUCACAUCACCAGAUUAAGUUCAUUUAGUAUGUGACGUGAGUCUUUUUUGUCAACUAUCAUUGGUAAUGCUAAGUCAUUUCAUGACACGGCCAUAUAAGAAUGGGAAAUCAGAAAAAGCAGACUC